CCCCUCUCCUGAGAAACACGGCACAGAAUGGUCGGCGGUGCCUUUUGACCUCCCACCACUAAUUCCCCAUUUGAUAUUUAUAUAUCACCAACCGUCCUCCCGUAAUAAACACAUUGAUCCAUAAUCAAAGUUGCAAGAGAAUUUCCAUGGUAGAAAUGCUUACUUUCAAAUUCUCUCUGGCAUCUGUGUUUGUUUUCUCCCUCAGCUUUAGGAUCAUAAUUAUUUCUGAGGCAGCAGGUCCUACUUAUGUUUAUCAUUCCUGUCCCAACACAACAACUUUCACUACAAACACCACAUACCAUUCCAACCUCAAUCUCCUCCUCUCAUCUCUCAACUCCAACACCACUCGCAAAAAUGGAUUCUACAACACGACCGCAGGCCAAAACCCAAACACAGUUUAUGGCCUUUUUCUUUGCCGCGGUGACUUAAGCACACAAGUCUGCCAAGAUUGUGUCACCUUUGCUACCCGAGACAUCGUUCAACGAUGUCCUGUGGAAAAAGUUGCCUUCAUUUGGUACGAUGAGUGCCUUCUGCGUUACUCAAAUCGGUCCAUCUUCUCCAUAAUCGAACAAAAUCCGAUGCGAGCAUUAUAUAAUACGCAGAAUAUAACCCAACAGGAUCGUUUCAACAAGCUAGUAGCAGAAACCAUGAAAGAUGCAACAGCUAAGGCAGCCAGCGCUAUUUCAGGUGCUAAAAAGUUUGGAACAGAAGUUGCUAAUUUCACGAGCUUUCAGACACUUUACAGCCUCGUGCAAUGCACACCAGACCUAUCUGAGGCUGAUUGCAAUAGGUGUUUAAGGCAAGCUAUUGCGUAUCUUCCUGCCUGUUGCAGUGGAAAGCAAGGAGCGCAGGUUCUAACUCCUAGCUGUAGCACUAGAUAUGAAUUGUAUCCGUUUUAUAACUUGAAGGAGGUAGCAGCUCCACCUCCUUCACAUCUGUUUCUUUCUCCGCCUCCACCUCCUCUAAUAGGACCUAAAGAUAAAAGCCAUAACCCAUCGGCAAUAAUCAUCGCUAUUGUUGCUCCAAUUGCUGUGUCCGUUUUGCUUUUCGUAUUAGGAUGCUGUUUCCUAAGUCGAAGGGCAAGAAAGAAGCAGAACUUUACCAUAGAAGAAGAAAAUGAUGGAGAUGAAAUUAUGACUAUAGAAUCCUUACAAUAUGACUUUGCUACCAUAGAAGCUGCCACUAGCAUGUUCACUGAGGAUAACAAGUUAGGCGCAGGUGGAUUUGGUGACGUUUACAAGGGUACACUUCCUAAUGGACAAGAAAUAGCUGUGAAGCGGUUAUCAAGAAGCUCUGGGCAAGGCAUAGAAGAAUUUAAGAAUGAGGUUAUAUUGGUAGCCAAGCUUCAACACAGAAAUCUUGUCAGGCUAUUGGGAUUUUGCUUGGAAGGAGAAGAAAAGAUACUAAUCUAUGAGUUUGUUCCCAACAAGAGCCUCGACUGUUUUCUAUAUGACCUAGAAAAACAAGCACAACUGGAUUGGACACAACGCUACAAAAUAAUAAAAGGGAUCGCUCGAGGCACUCUUUAUCUUCACGAGGACUCUCGAUUUAAAAUCAUUCAUCGAGAUUUAAAAGCCAAUAAUAUUUUAUUAGAUAAAAAUAUGAAUCCAAAAAUUUCAGAUUUUGGACUUGCAAGGAUUUUUGGAGUUGAUCAAACUCAUGCAAAUACAAACAGAAUCGUUGGGACAUAUGGCUAUAUGUCUCCAGAAUACGCAAUGCAUGGACAGUUCUCGACAAAGUCUGAUGUAUAUAGUUUUGGUGUCUUAAUUCUUGAGAUAGUAACCGGAAAGAAGAAUGGUUCAUUCUCAGGCGACCUCAUGAGCUACGUUUGGAAAAAAUGGAAAGAUGGGAUGGCAUUGGAUGUGUUGGAUCCGACUCUGAGAGGUUCUUGUUCAAGAAAUGAAGUAACCAGAUGUAUUCAUAUAGGCUUACUAUGUGUCCAGCAAGAUCCAGCUGAAAGACCUACAAUGGCAACAAUUGUUCUUAUGCUUAGCAGUCGCUCUGUUACUCAACCAUUGCCUAAACAGCCAGGAUUUUUCUUUGAUGGUAGAAGGGAGCAAAAUACAGUGACAAAGGAAGUGCAGUUGGAUCAACCUACGAGCGUUUCGACACCCUUGCCCGUCGACGAAGCAUCAAUUACUGAAGUGUAUCCUAGAUAGGCAGUACACAAACAAAGAUGAUGUCCUAAUAUGAUCUAGAAAAUGAAGAUGUUAGCCAAAUAGGCCCAAGGCCCAGAUAGGAAGUCCUUUCUUCUGGUAAAUUAACAUUAUAGUAUGGCAAAGCCCAUCAGCGAUCAUGCAAUUACUGGCUUGAUUUGUCAAAAUUGCUAAGUUUACUUUCUACUGGAUCUCUAUUGAUAUGAUUGAGAUUCACAUGUACCUUUUCUAAGUAUUGGUUAAAAAUGCUCAUAUUGACCUUUA